ACUGAGAAUUUUUGGGAAAGAGAGGGAAGCCUGAGGGAAGCAUCGGAGAGCUAAGCAAGCAAAGCCACUAACCGCCAUGGAUACACAGGAACAGCAGAGAGACGCCGCUAGGCAAGGUCAACAGGCACGGCCUUCACCGUCACAAGCCGCCGGCGCCGGUGGUGGAUCCGACUUCACUCCCAUACUCUUCGUGUUCUUGUCCUUUAUUGCUAUUUUCGUCAUGGUGGUGACUCCUUUGCUGUCAACUAACAGUUUUUCUACCCUACAUCAAGUACCUGAAGGUCACGUUGGGGUCUACUGGAGAGGAGGUGCCCUUUUAAGCACAAUAACAACUCCAGGUUUUCAUUUGAAACUGCCCUUUAUUACUCAUUUUGAACCCAUUCAAGUCACUCUUCAGACUGAUUUAGUGAGGGAUAUUCCAUGUGGAACAAAAGGAGGUGUAAUGAUCAAUUUUGAGAAAAUUGAAGUUGUUAACCGCCUUCGAAAGGAACAUGUGUAUGACACCCUGCUCAACUAUGGAGUACAUUAUGACAACACAUGGAUAUAUGACAAAAUCCAUCAUGAAAUUAAUCAGUUCUGCAGCGGCCACAGCCUUCAACAAGUUUAUAUUGAUAUGUUUGAUCAGAUUGAUGAGAAAAUGAAAGAUGCUCUUCAGGCCGACUGCACACGUUAUGCUCCUGGUAUUGAAAUUAUCAGCGUACGUGUCACAAAACCAACCAUCCCAGAAAGCAUAAGAAGAAACUUCCAACACAUGGAAGAGGAGCGCACUAAGGUCUUGAUUUCUAUGGAGAAACAAAGAGUUGCUGAGAAAGAAGCAGAGACACAGAAGAAGAUUGCUAUCAGUGAAGCUGAAAAGAAUGCUCAUGUGAGUAAGAUUCAGAUGGAACAGAAGCUAAUGGAGAAAGACAGUGCAAGGAAGGAAGAGGAAAUUGCUAAUGCGAUGUAUCUAGCACGCGAGAAAAGUUUGGCAGAUGCUGCAUACUAUCGCACAAUGAAAGAAGCAGAAGCUAACAGGUUGAAGCUCACACCACAGUUUCUGGAACUCAAAUUUAUUGAAGCAAUUACAAACAACUCAAAAAUGUUCUUCGGGAACAAGGUACCAAAUAUGGUUCUUGAUCAAAGGAUUCUUGGGAACUACCUCCAAGAGGUCUCCGGGAAGGAGAAAUCUGAAGCCUAAGCCCCCAGUGUUACAUUACUUUUGUGGCUUAAGAGUGGACUUUUAUAUACAACUGCAAAUGGAGGAAAAUAAUGGGCCCGUUUACUAAUGGAAACUGUUUUAUGUUUUCUAAUUUUUCAGUUUUCAUUCUUUGUUUUUCUGUUUAGAAUACUUGUUUAGUAACACUUAUUUUUUC